CCAUAUUUAAAUAGCUUUAUGGAUUAAUUGAACACUUCAUCAGUCACCGAGCUUGUCCAACCCCUCGUCUUCUUCUUCUUUUUCUUCUUCGUCCUCCUCUGUUUUCUUAUUUUGCUCGCUCUUAAAUCGUCCUUCAAGUCUCUCAAGCUUUAAGAAAUGAAGAAAGUGAUAUUGAAACUGAAUUUACACGAUGACAAACACAAGCAAAAAGCCAUGAAGAGAGUUUCUGGUCUUUCAGGUGUGGAAUCCAUUUCCAUUGACAUGAAAGAUCAGAAACUGACGGUGAUCGGAGACGUUGAUCCCGUGGACAUCGUGAACAAACUGAAGAAGUUAUGCUAUCCAGAAAUCGUCUCUGUUGGUCCUGCAAAAGAGCCUGAGAAGAAGAAAGAAGAACCCAAAAAACCAGAACCAAAAAAAGAAGAUCCCAAGAAAGAUGAAUUAGCCGUUCACCUUGCAAAUCUCCACAGAGCUUGGAAUCCUCAUAUGACUCAGCACUAUUUUGUCAGAAGCGUAGAAGAAGAUCCCAAUGCCUGUGUUAUUUGCUGAAUCUUCUUAAUGGAAAAUUUUAGCUCAGGCGGAAAAGAAAAUUUAUAAAGGAAAAAGAAACAGAUGGUGUAUGUACAGUCGGCAAUGGUGGUGGGUCGAUUCUUAUUUACGAUUUCUUUGUCGCUGUUGGUUUUUUAAGUUGUCAUGGGCAUUGGGUUUUUGGUUAAUCAAUAUAUUUGGUUUUAUUUUUUAGAAUAAAAAUUGGGAAUUCUUCAAUCAAUUUUAUUGUAGUAGUGUAAUCAAUUUUAUUAUAAAGUAUUUAUAGUGGUUCCUGUAA